AUGUUCUUUUCAAAGUUUUCAAAGGCAAAUUGGAAAAUUGAAGAAGUGAUUCCAAAUCAUAAAUUUGAUGAUGUAUAUCUAGAAGAUUUCAAACGGCAUGAUCUAGUUAUUAAAAUAAAAUAUAUUUUAGUUUAUGUGACAGUAAUUAGGUUUAUAGUGGUUUAUCUGGCAGAUAUAUGGAUAGGAAUUUUUUUAAUGGUUGAUAAUAAGAUUGCUUCAACUCAACCAAAAAUUUCUUUGGAUGUAUCAAAAUUGAUUUAUGUUGUAUGUCUUUUUACAUCACUUUUAUUAUUGGCUUGGGAUUGGAAAAAGUCUAAAGCUAUCAUUGAUUCAGGAGAUAUCUUUUACGCUUAUACUAAUCCUAUAGCUUUUAGAUAUCAUUCUUUAAAGAGUUAUCUUCGUCAUUGUUUCAUUUGUAACAUAAGUAUGAAACAUACAUUCGUUGAUAAAGUCGCGUCCUUUGUAUUCUUCGGUUCGAAAGGUUGGAAAAGACUCAUUUUGAUUGAAGCACCACUUCAAAUCAUUAAUGCGAUCACUCUUUAUAGCAUAGCUAAUGCAAAUGCGACGAAUAAUUCAUUCGAUUAUAAUACAGUUGAUAGAAUUUCAAUUGGAUUAAUUUCAUUUACUUUAUUAAAUUUCUUUACGAAAGCCUCAUUUUCGGCUAUUGCUUUUAUGUCAUAUUCUCUUUUGAAAUUACGUAUAAAUGAAAAUCUAAGAGAACAAUAUUGUCAUAAAGUUAAUCAAAGGAUUGAUGAAUUACUUGAAGGUCAACAGCGUAAUCGGGAUUUAAAACAACAAAAGGUCGCUCAAAUUGUAAAAAAGUACGAGGGUUUUGCUAGGUUAAAGAAAAGUUUAAAGAUUGAUAAUAAUAUAUUAAAUGGUCCAAAAAAUAAUUUAUUUGAUGAUGAUGAUGAUUCUCCUCCGGUUCAGUUAAAAGGAACUAUUUCUCCCGAGUCAAUAUCUCUUCCUAUUGAUGAUUUUAAUGGCGUUAGAACUGAAAGAAACAGUUCAAAUCCUCUUUCUCGGCCAUUUCCUAUUAAUAUAAAAGGUAAAAAGAAAUCUCCAAACAGUUCAAGUCCUUAUUCGCCACCAUAUCCUCUUGCUCCAACUCCUAGAAUUUCAUGCAGUUCGAUUCCUUGUUCUUCAACUAUGCAUCUACCUCCACCUAUGCCUUCAUACCAUUUAAGUAUUGAUUCUCGUUCUACUCAUUUAAAUCCUUCAUACAAUUCAAUUCAUCGUUCACCAUCUCAAGAAAUAUCUUAUGAUUCGGAUGUAUAUGAAGAUGAUGAUGGUCUAUGGUAA